GAGAGGCUCGCAAAAGAGGCUGCUGCUGACUUUGUUUGGAAAAUUGCAAAGCAAAAAUAGGUCGAGCAGAUGAAACACAAAUAUUAGAAGAAAAAUGCUUUUAAAAAGAAAUGCUGUGGCGUAUUCUGCCACAACAGUUGCAGCUUCUUUGAUGAACUUCGUGUUUCAGUUCUAUUAUGUCAACAUUUUUCUCAAUGUUUACCACAUCACACCUUAUUGGUUCAAUCAAGCACAAGUUGUUUAUCUGAUAUGGAAUGCUAUCAAUGAUCCUUUAUUUGGUUACAUUCAGGAUCACUCUAGUAUACCAUUUUUGAAACAUAGGAGACUGAAUAUUCUUUACGGAGCACCCCUCUUUGCUUUAAGUUUUCUUCUACCUUGGUUUGGUUGGGCUGGAAAAGACAGUCCACCCUGGGUGACUGGACUUCAUCUUAUAGUUUCACUGUGCUUUUAUGAUGGAAUGUUUACAUUUGUUGUGCUUGCUCAGUGUAGUUUGUUUGCUGAGAUAUCAACUGUCCAACAGGAAAAGGAAACUGUUCUUAAAUACAGCCAGAUUGGUUCAAUUAUUGGGUCUUUGUCUAUUCUGUUUUGUGAAAUAUUUACAGAUCAUAUGAAAGAUUUGUUUGCACUGAGAGUAUCAUGCAUAGUGAUAGCAGCCAUCAGUUUCAUGUUCUUAUGGUACAGUGGAAGCAAUUUGAAGCCAGCUGUCGACAGAGGGGAGGAGAAAUCAUCCUUGCUAGAAAAGCAUGAUUUGUCAGGCAAAGAUGACGGGAAGGCUUCAUUGCUGAGAAUUACUCAACAGAUUUUUUCUGAGCGAAAUUUCAUUUGCUUUGUAAUGAUGAACUUUCUCCAGGUUUUCCAUACAACUGUGAGUGCAAACUUUUUUGGAAUGUUUAGAGACCAUCUUGGUGAAGGUGUUUUUUCAACGAAUGUUAAAAGUAUCAUGGCCGGAUCGGCAUUCGUCUUGCCACAGAUCAUUGUCCUAAUGAAUGGUCGUAUUCUCGCCAGUUACGGUUCAUAUGCCCUUAUCUCGUGGUCUUUUUACAUUAAGGUUAUAGCCAGUGUCACAAUGUACAUCGUCGGUCCUACCCACAUAUGGAUUCUGGGUGCCUAUAUGCUCAUUGAUGCAGUGCUUCCAAGUGCUGCUUUUAGUCUCUUCAACCUGACCGUUUCUGACAUUAUCCAAGAGGACCAACGUUUGCAUAAUCGCAGGCUGCCUUUGUCAUCCAUGGUGUUUGGGUUGAACGCUUUGGUUACAAAACCGGCCCAGUCAAUUGCACCUAUGACUGUAUUGCGCAUUCUCUCGAGUUUUGGUUAUCAGCCAAACGCUGGAAACGUUCACGGAGCCCUCCCCACAGGUGACGAUUUUAAAAGUGCUAUAUUUGGCAUAGUGUGUUUCUUUCCUGCCAUAAUCGGUGUCGUGCAGAUGACCGUUUGGCGGUUUUACACACUUAGACAAAGGAAGUAGAUCCACAUUCAAACAUCCCCUCACUUGAACCUUACUUUCAGCAUUUCUCUUCAUCGUCCGUUUUAAACUCUAUCGCACUUUUCGUUUUACUGCUUGCCAUCUUUGCAGCUGCUUCUCGUGCCAACAAUAUGGAAAAUAUUUACGUGGUGGGUUCUAACCCUAAAAGUAAAAUACAAAUGGAGUGUUGAAAAACAUCAGAUACUGCAAUUUCAACUUAGGUUAUAAAAAGCGUAUAUAUUUUGAUACAAGCACCAUAAAGUAAAUGUCUGUGUUGGUAAAUUUCAAUGCUAUUAGCGAGGGGUUCGUUUAGAGAAGAGUUUUGACUUCUCCUGGGGGAUAAUUUCGCUCGUUAUAUUGUAAGAUUAUAUUUAUAUGUUGAGGCCCUGUUGCAUGGUCAGGUGUUUUCAUCAGAUAUCAAUUUUGUUAAAUGUUCUAUUGAUGUAUAUAACCUUUUUCUCAUUUUCAUGCAUAGCUGAAACACAAGUUGCAAAAAUUAUGUAAUAGCUCUCUUCCCAUUUUUGACGAUAUUAAUAUCUGAUGAAUAUCUAGAAAUCUGCCGGUGUAGCAUGUCCUCAAGACAUUUGCAUCAUUUGUUAUACCGUACCAUACACUUCGCUUAUAAUAACAAUAAUAAUAAUAUUAAUAAUAGUAUAGGCAUUUUUAUAGCGCUGUAUAUCACCAGAGCUUAUAGGUGCGUAGCCACAAUAACUACUAGCAUGAAAUUAGCGUACAGAAAAUAACUUACAUGGGAUUAUGAAACAAUUAUUUAAUAUUGAUGACCUAUUGAUAACGAAUGCCAUCAUAAAAUUGAAAGCACAUCUAUAGGUAAUACGACCUAAAUAGGUAUGUCUUUCGUGACUGCUUGAAAUUAUUCAGCGAAGCAUAUGGCUUCUAUCGAAUUUAGACGAUAUUUAACAGGGCAUAUAGUGUCUAUAUUAUCAUGUACAUGUUUAAUUAGGUGUUCCAUUUUUUAUUACACAAGCAUUCAUAUAUGUAUUUUCUAUAUACCUUACAGAAGGGUAAAUUGUGUGAUUCGCUGCUAGGCACGUUUCUAUAUACAUUAUAGAAAGGUAAAUUAUGUUUGCAGAAGUGUUCUAUACGAUAAUUACAAAUGGUUCUGUUUAAUAGUUCUGUCCAUGUAGACACGUAUUCAGCUCAGUUCAAAUUUUGUUUGCACCUGCAGUGGAUGAAUUGAAUUUCGUGUUGCACUUACUUUUUAUUCGCAUCUGUUAAAUUCUCGAAUGAAGAUACAAUAUGAGAUAUUUUUCUUGAAUCUGCCAGAGUUUUCUAAACAUUGAUUGUCAGUAAUGGCCAGAGUGGGAUGUAGGGUUGGCAAAUGUCCUUCUUGAUAGUGUCAAUCCAAGAAGUAUAGUGUUAUGUUGCCCUAACUAGCUAUGUGAAGCAUCUUCCAUGCCCUGAAAUAUUCGUCCUACUGUACCUGUUUAGGAUUUCUUUUUACCUUUAUAAUUGAGUAAAAUCACACCCUUAAGUCAAUUGCACCUUUCAGUAAGGAACAAAAUACUCUUAGCAGCGUGUUGUGUGAUUUCAUAUAAGGUGUGCAACAAUACGUCACAUGCAGGCCUCUAUUAGAGUGGGUUAGAUUUGUCUUUCUGAUGUCCUCUAGUCUCUUGUUUCAAGAAAUUUGCAAGUUUGUUUGCUAUGAAUGGCCACAAUCACUUCUUUGCAAUCUGUUGCCUAGAUGGGUAAAAGUCACCGAUGGUGUCAAGUAUUCUCUAUUAAUGAUAUAUUGAUAUCAAGAAAAACAUGGAGGGUAUGUAGUAUUCACGUCAGCUGAUAAGAAGGUCGUCAGCAUCGUCGCCAAGUGAAUAAUCGUCUUUUUAGCAUCAUUUUAGCUUGAAGCUUACCUGAAAGUGACUUUGAAUAACAGUUUAAAUCGAACGCUCACGGAAAUCGUGAUUGAAAGCAGAGUUUCCUUUUGUCCGAUGUUUGUGAUAAUUCGAAGUUUUUUUGGACUGGGGUUUUUAAGGGGGUGGGGAAGAAACGUUAGUGCGAAAUGUGAAGAGGCAGAUGAAAAGGAUGAUGAGAAGAAAGGAAGGGAGAAAUAUAAUUGGAGAAGAAACAUAAAAAUAGGGAGGAGGAGAGAAAGAAGAAGAAAAUUAGAAGAUGGAACGCGAUAAGUAAGGGAGAAGAAGACAGGAAAAUAAGAAGAGACAAUUAAAAAGGAGUAAAAGGUAGCACAUGGUGAAAAUUAUGAGAAAGGUGAAGUGAGUCAGAAGAAAAUAAGAACAGGAAAAGAAGGAAGAUACGGAGAAAAAGACGGAAGAUACGGAGAAAAAGACGGAAGAUACGGAGAAAAAGACGGAAGAUACGGAGAAAAAGACGGAAGAUACGGAGAAAAAGACGGAAGAUACGGAGAAAAAGACGGAAGAUGCGGAGAAAAAGACGGAAGAUACGGAGAAAAAGACGGAAGAUACGGAGAAAAAGACGGACGAUACGGAGAAAAAGACGGAAGAUACGGAGAAAAAGACGGAAG